AAGCCUCUAUUUCCGGCACCAUGAUUCAGCCCUCACGCUAUUACUUCUCCGUCACCCACGUGGCUUCCAACUCCAUCAUCUGGUCCGCCAACCGCAACGCAGCCAUCUCAGACUCCGACGAGCUCUCACUAACCGUCAACGGCCUCUCAGUCACAAACCAGGCUGGUAAACUACUAUGGUCAACCCCACCGUUGACUCACGAGGUUGCCGCUAUGAAACUUCUGGAAACGGGAAACCUCGUAUUGGUCGAUGCACGAAAUGUCGCGCUGUGGGAGAGUUUUGAAUUUCCCACCGACACUAUUGUCGUUGGACAGCGCAUCCGUACUGGAAAAUCAUUGCAAAGUGCUGUGUCGGAGGCAGACAUGUCGGUGGGUGAUUACCGGCUUGAGGUUACCGACGGGGAUGUAGUUCUGCAGUGGAAGGGGAUGACAUAUUGGAAGCUUUCCAUGGAUGUAAAUGCUUACAAGGACUCGAACGGGGAGGUCUCGUUCAUGGCGAUGAACGCUACCGGUUUGUAUUUGUUAGGGAGUGACGGAUCAACGGUUGUGAUUCAAGUAGUUUUGACUAAUAAUCCAUCGGGUGCUAGAAUUGGCAAGUUGGGAUCCGACGGCAGAUUUACGAUCACCAGCUUCACCGACUCUAAUUGGGUGCAAGAACUCAAGGAGCCAGUUGAUGAUUGUCGGAUUCCUUUCAUAUGCGGAGAAAUUGGAUUGUGCACGAUGGAUGGAGCUUGUACUUGCCCACCAGGAUUCCAUAAUGAAAUGAGUGGUGGUUGCGCGCCAAUGGAUACUUCUCUUUCUCUGCCUCAAGCUUGCAAUGAAUCCACAAAUGGCAGCCAAUUCAAUUCCUCUGUUUCGUAUCUGGGACUGGGCUAUGGUGUGGACUAUUUUGCCAAUGAUUUCACAGAGCCUGCGAGGCGUGGUGUCAAUUUGUCGGGUUGCCAAGAUCUAUGCUCUCAAAAUUGUUCUUGUCUCGGCAUUUUCCAUGGAAAUUCUUCUGAGGGAUCUUGUUAUCUUCUUGAAAACAAUAUAGGCUCAAUCUUUUAUACCCCCAACAGUAAUAAUGAUAGUUUGGGCCCUUUAGGGUAUAUUAAAGCCGUGGUGAACUCUUCAGGUGAAAACCCAAUUGGAGAAAACAAAAAUAAGAAACAGAGCUUCCCAAUAGCCGGUUUGGUGCUAAUACCAGCAUCCGGAUUCUUCUUAUUAACCACCAUUGUCGUCAUCGCAUUCCUUUGGUGGAGGAAAAAUAGGCUUUCAAAAGCCAGAGCUGUAAAAUUGGAUCGGCUUCACUCGUCAUCAUCUGCAGAGCUAGAGAUAUUCUACAUCCCAGGCUUACCGAGAAGAUUCAAUUAUGAAGAACUUGCAAUUGCUACUGAGAAUUGGAAGACCCAGAUUGGUAGCGGAGGCUUUGGUACUGUAUACAAAGGUACACUCUCAGACGAAAGCCUUGUGGCGGUGAAGAAGAUUAGCAGCUCGGGAGUUCAAGGGAAGAAGGAAUUUUGUACUGAGAUUGCAAUAAUUGGGAGUAUCCACCAUGUCAAUUUGGUUAGAUUGAAAGGUUUUUGCGCACGACGGGGCAAGCGCUUGCUUGUGCUUGAGUACAUGAACAGAGGCUCAUUGGAUCGCACACUCUUCGGUAAUGGAACCCCUGUUCUUGAAUGGCGAGAAAGAGUGGAAAUAGCACUUGGAACAGCAAGGGGACUUGCUUACUUGCAUGGCGGGUGUGAGCACAAGAUCAUUCACUGUGAUGUGAAGCCAGAGAAUAUUCUCUUGCAUGACGAUUUACAAGUGAAAAUCUCAGAUUUUGGGAUUUCUAAGCUGCUAAGUCCUGAACAAUCUAUUCUGUUCACCACAUUGAGAGGAACUCGAGGCUAUCUUGCGCCCGAAUGGCUAACGAGCACCGCCAUUUCUGACAAGAUUGAUGUAUACAGUUAUGGGAUGGUAUUACUAGAGAUUGUGAGGGGAAGAAGGAAUAUUAAUAGCAACGGAGAAAUAUAUUUUCCUCUAUUUGCGCUAGAAAUGCACGAGCAAAGAAAGUAUUUGGAGCUGGCAGACCCGAGAUUGGAGGGGCGGGUGAGAAGCGAAGAAGUUGAGAAGCUCGUGCGGAUUGCCUUGUGUUGUGUGCACGAAGAGCCGGCGCUGCGACUGGCGAUGGCUGGCGUUGUCGGCAUGUUGGAAGGUGGCUUGGCUUUGGGUGAGCCAAAGGUGGGGUCGCUAAACUACUUGCGGUCCUAUGGUGGGAGAUUCACAGAGAUGUCAACAAUGGAAGGGUCCAACGGGCAGAAUGAGUUUGUGUUGCUUCCUGACUCAUUGGCUUAUAUCUCUUCACAACAGGUCUCCGGUCCCCGGUAGCUAGCGCUCCAAGGCCGCCAUCUCCGAGACAGUCGUAUAGCAAUAUGAUAAAUAGCAUUUUAUCUUCAAACAAUUGUUAUUAAUUAUUCUCUUGUCAUUUUUUCUAUUCGGUAUUUGUAAAAAAAUAAAGGAAUAUCUUCACUUUAAA